AUGUCUCAGCCCAACUCCCAGAUCCCUGCCCCUAUCCCCAGAUGUGGUGUGACGUUUACCCUCACUCCCCACUCCAUACCCCAGGCCAAUAAUCGAGUCCGGUACUCGGACCGCAGGGGCAGGGCCCACCUCAACCCGGCUGUCACGCUGGGGCUGCUGCUCAGCUGCCAGAUCAGUAUCCUUCGGGCCAUCAUGUACAUCAUCGCCCAGUGUGUGGGGGCCAUCGUCGCCACCGCCAUCCUCUCGGGCAUCACCUCCUCCCUGUCUGAGAAUUCGCUUGGCCGCAAUGACCUGGCUCAUGGCGUGAACUCAGGCCAAGGCCUAGGCAUUGAGAUCAUCGGCACCCUGCAGCUGGUGCUAUGCGUGCUGGCCACCACUGACCGCCGGCGCCGUGACCUCGGCGGCUCAGCCCCCCUCGCCAUCGGCCUCUCAGUAGCCCUGGGACACCUGCUGGCGAUCGACUACACCGGCUGUGGCAUCAACCCUGCUCGGUCUUUCGGCUCCGCGGUGAUCACCCACAACUUCAGCAACCACUGGAUCUUCUGGGUGGGACCGUUCAUCGGCGGAGCCCUGGCUGUGCUCAUCUAUGACUUCAUCCUGGCCCCUCGCAGCAGUGACCUCACAGACCGUGUGAAGGUGUGGACUAGCGGCCAGGUGGAGGAGUAUGACCUGGAUGUUGACGACGUCAACUCCAGGGUAGAGAUGAAGCCCAAAUAGAGGGGGCCUGGCCGGGCAUCCACACGGGGCGGGGGCAGGGGUGGGCGGAGGGAGGGGAGGGCGAAAUCCACGUUGUAGACACUCUGACAAGCUGGCCAAAGUCACUUCCCCAAAAUCUGCCAGACCUUUGCGGUCAAGCCUCGUUUGGGGGUGUUUCUGUCACUUUCUUUCUCUUUCUCUGUUUCCUGGCCUCAGAGCUUACAGGGGACCAAGAUUUCCCAAUUCAUCCCCUCCCUCGAUGUCACAGAGGAAGUGAAAGAGAGGGACCCGUCUGCUAGUUGUCCCCUCAGAGUGUGACAGAAGGUGUGCCAGAAAGUCCCCCUAUCCCAGAGUUGCUCACUGGCUCCCCUGUGUAGGUGCCUGGGGUUCCACCAUACUGCUUCAUGCUCUUGGGCAUGGCCUUCCUUCCUCUCUUGACAUGUACCUCACCUCUAAGGGUGCGUGGGGGAGUGGGGCAGAGAUCCCAGGAGAUGCGGUGCCAGGGGGCAAAUUGCAGAUACGUUUUGCCCUUUCCAUUUGGCUUGCUCCCAGGGCCCUCCCGGGGACUUGCUGCCUGACCUUGGAAUCGUCCCUAUCUC